CGCUUUCAGUUUUUACAUCCACAGGAGUGCUGAGUAGUUGUAAAUUAGUCCACGCAAGCGUCCCGGAAGCUAAUGCUAUCGCUAUCAAGCAAGACGGGAAAACGCAGUGCAAUCCCGGUUUGACUGUCCAUUUGGAAGCAUGGCCCAUUACGAAGAGGUGAAGGUUCGGGGUUAUAAUGAAUUCUCCAAAGCUGUUUCAGAGAGGAAAGGCAAAGACAUAUUUGCAUAUUUCUCCGGCGAUAAAGACGCACAGGGUGUGAGCUGGUGUCCAGACUGUGUCAAAGCUGAGCCCAUUGUCCGAGGAGAGAUGGCACACCUUCCUGAAGGAUCUGUCUUCAUCUACUGUCAAGUUGGAGAGAGGCCCUACUGGAAAGAUCCCAACAAUGAAUUUAAGAAGACUUUGAAACUUAGUGGAGUACCUACAUUACUGCGAUACGGCACGCCUCAGAAACUGGUGGAGGAAGAGUGCUUUAAAUCUGACCUGGUGCGGAUGAUGUUCACGGAGGAUUAGAGUAUUGUUUUCUUCCCGCUGCUUCAUGUCCGGCGUGCUGCAAAAGGCCUGUGCUGUUGUGUGCCACUGCGCCUUAAGCCAAUCUCAAUAUCUCCUUCAUCACUGUAUUCACCAUUUCCUGAGAAAGAUUUUCUUUUAAUUCAUUCAUUUCGUCUAUAACAUUUAGGGUAAUUUAAAGUAGACCACAGGCCUUUGUAAGACCCACCAUUGUAAUUAUAAUCGGAUGGGUAAUCAAAAUGGAAUUUCCAAAUGUAAGCAUAGCCAAUGUGUUCUAUGAACCCCUACCUGCCCCAUAACCUCUAGAUGUGGCUUACACCUGCUAAAGAGUUAAUCUCUCCUCAAAUUGAUUGUGAUUUAAUGCUGGUCUUCAUGUUCUUCAUACCGUAGGUUUAAAGUGAUUCAUUCCUGGAUCUUGUCUGCAUCAGUGAUCAUGUUUUUAGAAGUUGUGGGGUGAUAAUGUAAUGUGUUUUGAUGCUUUGUCAAAUAAAUAAUUUCAAUGAAUAA